UUCCAUCUCACCCACGAAAUGGCCGGGACCGCGGCGCUGCUGCCGCUCGUGCUGCUGCUGCUAGUGCAGGCCUCGGCGGGCGGCGCCGACUGCCACUUCCCGGCCGUCUUCAACUUCGGCGACUCCAACUCCGACACGGGCGGGCUCUCGGCCGCCUUCGGCGCCGCGCCGCCGCCCAACGGCAUGACCUUCUUCGGCAGCCCCGCCGGACGCUACUGCGACGGCCGCCUCGUCGUCGACUUCAUCGUUGAAAAUCUGGGAAUACCUUACCUAAGUGCGUACCUCAACUCAAUUGGAAGCAACUUCUCGCAGGGAGCCAAUUUCGCGACAGCUGGCUCGACAAUCAGCCGACAGAACACAUCUCUGUUCCUCUCUGGUUUCAGCCCCAUCUCCCUGGACGUUCAGUCCUGGGAAUUCGAACAGUUCAUCAACAGAAGCCAGUUCGUUUACAACAACAAAGGUGGUAUCUACAGGGAGCUCCUGCCGAAGGCUGAGUACUUCUCCCAGGCACUUUACACCUUCGACAUCGGCCAAAACGACAUCACCGCAGGCUAUUUCGCAAACAGGAGCACCGAACAAGUCAUAGCGUCCAUCCCUGAACUCAUGGAGAGGCUCACCUCAAUAAUCCAGAGUAUACACUGGUUCGGAGGAAAGUACUUCUGGAUCCACAGCACGGGGCCUAUAGGUUGCCUGCCUUACGCUCUCAUUCGCCGUCCUGACAUCGCCAUGCGCAAGGACAAUGUUGGAUGCUCUGUCACCUACAACAAGGUCGCGCAGCUCUUCAACCAGAAGCUCAAGGAAACCGUGGCUCGUCUGCGGAAAACUUACCCUGACGCCGCGUUCACCUAUGUUGACGUGUACACUGCUAAGUACAAGCUGAUCAGCGAUGCCAAGAAGCUAGGAUUCAACGACCCUCUGCUGACCUGCUGCGGACAUGAUGCUGGCCCGUAUAACUAUGACCCGAAGGUUGGUUGCGGUGGGAAGGUACUGGUGAACGGGACGUGGGUGGUGUUGGGAAAACCCUGCGACGAUCCGUCCAGAAGGGUGAGCUGGGACGGUGUCCACUUCACUGAGGCUGCCAACAAGUUUGUCUUCGAUCAGAUCGCCGGGGGCGCGCUAUCGGACCCACCUGUGCCACUAAGGCAGGCUUGCCGGAGCAAAGGGCAGUGAACUACUCCAUGCGGAUCAUUAGUCAGGUUGGCCGCGCCGCUGCUGCUACUGCUUCUGGCUUUGUAAGCCUACAUUGUCGAGGCAUGCUUCAGUUUUACAAUAUUCCUAACUGUUUCCUUGUGAUAGUGAGGAGAGGGGAAUGAGAAUCACAUGACAAUCUGUAGAAGUUCUCGGUACAGACACAGUGGGUAAGCAUGAAACAUGUUGCCACUUGGCAGUCUAGGUAUGGUCUCGAUUCCAUAAUGGUGUGAGAUGAGUACUGGUACCAAUAAAUAAUUCUUCAUCUCGAUCAACAAUCCAACGAGAAAUGUAUUCCCCAUGUUCGAAUCCUCACCUAUACCUUAAUGACAAAGAAGGGGUGGAGUCCCCCUCCAGUCUUGUUA